UUCCCGUCCGGCCCAUGUACAUAAACAGAUACAGAUGGACAGAGCAGUGCAGAGGUGUUUUGCCGUUUAUAAAACGGCACCCACAUUCACAACCUGUGCGUGCUCCCUUGGAGUGCACGGCACCGCAAUCCGGUGCCCGCUGUGUCCGAGGAUUGCUGUACGGGACCUCUGUGUGAGGUCCCGAUUCAUGUGAUCAAUGAUUGCCAAUCAGUGAUCACAUGAACAGUAGUAAAACAAGAUGUCACUUCUGACAUCAUUGUUUACUACUUGUGAAAUCUGUGAAUGAUCACAGAGGUCACAUGACACAAUGCUAUUCACAACACCUUGUACCGUGUGACUAGCUGUGACCAAUCACAGCUCCC